AUGAAGGCGAUCAUAACUUGUUUGUCUUAUGUGAUAGUUCUCGUGAAAAGCAAUGAAUAUUAUAAUGUCACGUACGAACCUGUUCAAAGGCAAUUAUUGGACUUUAAGAAGCACCAUCCACACACGAUAGGAUUAUGGACUAAAAAUUCCGGAGAUCCAGUUGACAUACGUGACACAAUAACGAUUAACACUGAUCAAUUCGACAACCAAUUGCUGAUUGACACAAUUACGACAGCAUUUAGCGAGCGAAUACCAGAGCGAGUGGUUACUGCCAAAGGUACAGGAGCCUUCGGUUACUUCGAAGUUACAAGAGAUAUCUCAAAGUAUACAUACGCUGAUGUUUUUAAUGGUGUGGGCAAGAAAACACCUGUAGUGGUCAGGUUCGCAACAGCAUUUCAAAACAAAGGUGGCUCUGAAGUAGCGAGAGAAAUAAAAACGAUGGCAGUUAAAUUUUACACUGACGAAGGAAACUUAGAUAUCCUUGCUCUUUCAAUACCAAUUUUUGCAUUUAGAGAUCCGAUGUUGACAAGGGACAUGAAUCAUGCUUUUAUGAGAAAUCCUCAAACUAAUAUGUACGAUUUCACAAGUGUUUAUGAUUUAACAACACUAAGACCUAGCUUUGGCCACGCUCUCUUUUGGUUAAUGUCUGAUUAUGGUAUUCCGGAAAACUACAGGAGGAUGGACACUUUCCCCAUUCACACUUACGAACUUUCAAAUAGGCAUGGAGAGACACACUACGUGCGAUUUAACUUCAGAACUGACUUGGGUUUCUCAUACCUCACAACCGCCCAAGCAGCCGCCAUUCAAGCUCUUGAUUUGGAUUACUAUACUCGAGAUUUGUACAACUCUAUUGACUCAGGAAAAUAUCCUUCGUGGACACUUGAAAUGGAUGUGAUGUCGAUACAUGACUUAAAAAAAGUUCAUUAUGAUCCUUUUGAUGUUACAAAAAUGUGGAAGAAUGGCACAUUUCACACGGUGCCAAUUGGGCGUUUGGUAUUAAAUAGAAACGUUGAAAAUCACUUUAGAGAUAUGGAACAAGUGUCCUUUAAUCCUGGUAAUUUAGUGCCUGGUAUUCCUGGGCCUAUCGACUAUUUGUUCCGUGGUAGAAGAAUGGUCUAUAAAGACGCACAAAAUUACCGCCUGGGAAGAAACAACGAAAAAAUUUUAGUAAACAUGCCAUUGCACUCGAAGACGUAUGUUCGUGAUGGGAGGCCACCGAUUAGGCUUAACAUGAAAAACGCUCCGAACUAUUAUCCUAAUUCAUUCCAUGGACCUGUCCCAUAUGUGGAUGAGCACAGACCGUUGAAGAAGUUGCAAGUUUUGCAAAGUAAUGCUGUAGAUUUAGAACCGAUGUGGUACUUCUACAAUUAUAUUCUGGAAGACGAAGCUCACAAGCUGAGGUUUAUCAGUAAUGUUGUCUUGACUCUUGUGCCUGUUACUCCUCCUGUGGUUCAGAGAGUUAUGCAACUUCUACAUUUGGUCGACAAGGAUUUGAGUGAGCGAGUGAAAGCUGGAUAUGAGGUAGCUAUUGCUGCGCAGCAAGCAGCGGCUAAUGCCGCCACUUCUGAUACUAUGUCUUUACGAAGAGUUCCAUCUGCAGUAGGACAUCCUGUACAAGAACCGCAGAAAUCAUCAGCGAAUACAAGAAAAUGUUAA